GAUUUCCAACCGGGUUCUUCAACCUGACCUUCACGUACCGGUUGGAUUCGGAUGUGAUUACGGACUCGUACUUUCAGCACUUUCGUCCGUCGGUGUGGAAGGACAGCCGAGAGUUCGAUGAGGCGCUGCGAAAUAAAACAGGAUUCGCGACGACGUUUGUCUCCAACUGCCAGUGGAUACCCAGUCGACGGGAUUUGUAUAUGACAGAGCUGGCAAAAUAUGUGGAUGUGGAUGUCUAUGGGAAGUGUGGCACGAAGGAGUGCAGCACGGAUACGCCCGAAAUUUGUGAUCGGCUAGUGGCCAAUUACAAGUUUUAUCUGGCUUUCGAAAACAGUAUCUGCAAGGAUUACGUUACCGAAAAAAAUCCAUCGAGCCUUAAAUCACGCCGCAGUUCCGUUGUCUAUGGCGGUGCCAACUAUUUCGCGAUCUUCCCCAAAGACUCCUUUAUAAACGUUAUGGAUUUUGAAAACCCCAAAGCCCUUGCCGAUUAUUUGCUCUUUCUAAACAAGAACCCCCAGGAAUACCGCAAGUAUUUCCAGUGGCGCGUCAGUGCGGCCACGGCCAAAUUAGCAGCCGGACUGGAAGCUCGUAAUCUGUCGUGGUGCAGAAUCUGUACCAUUCUCAACACUAGAAGUCCAAAGAAGAAGGUCGUCACUGAUUUGGGUCGGUGGUGGAAUGGGAAGGUUGGUGUGUGGUGCCAAGGAUAGAAAAUAAUAAAUGGGAAAUGAAUCCGUCCAUUCCGUCCGUUUAAUUAUUGAGCAAUGAGCCACUGCAUUAGCUGUGUUACAUACUCCUAGCUUGUUGGUUUUAGACUGCUUUUUUAUAGCUUGCAACGGCGAAUCUCCAUAGUUCUUAGAAGUUGUAAAUAAACCUAAAGUGACGCUUGCGCUUAUAUCGUGUUUGUGGACUUGCUGCCUUAUGAUAUGCAGGAUUUGUUUUAACUUGGCGAAUGCGAUUUUAAAAUGCAAUUAUGAACAAACAAACG